AUGAAUUCAUUUCAUCGUUCUCCCCAGGCAGGAAGUGGUGUCGAUGCCUUCCAUCAUCCGCCCGCCUACCGCUACAUAAUGCCACCCCCCAACACGGAGGAUUCUUUGGCGCCGACCAGUUCCCCGGCCCUCGAUGAUCCCGAUGAGGAAAAGUUUUCAGAGUGA